AUGAGUAUUCUCACUAUAAAUGAUAUUUUGAAUUUUUGGAAAUGUUUUUUGCAAGAAAAAAUUAAUUUGUGGGAUUAUAAUAAUAAAUUGUUAAAAUGGCAAGAAGAACUUUUUGAAGGAUUUGUGUAUUUAAUUGGAAAAUGUAUUUUGGAAGAACUUAGUUCAACUCCAGAAGUUAAUUUUCUUUCAUUUUUGGUUGAGGCGGAUCAAUAUUUACCCAAUAUGCUCUCAUUUUUGCAUCGAUGCCUUAUUUUAAUGCCAAAAACUAUGAGCGAUUCACUUCCUUUAUUUGAUGAAAUUUUUAUUGAAUUUUGGGAAAAUGCAAAAACGAAGAAAUGUAUUCGUUAUACUUCAACAUUUCUAUCAAUUCUUAUCCACCAAUCCUUGGAUAAAUUUUCAACUAAAAUUAAUUCUAUAGUUCUUGCAGAGCUUGAAUCAUCACAAACAAUUUUGUUUUCUCAUUUACAACAUAUCAAGCAAUUUUAUUCCUUAAAUACUCAUGCUUUGGCCAAUUUAUUCAAAAAUUCGAAUUGUGUUCCUCCCUUUGAAAAUUUCUCUAACAAUAAGAAUUCGACUGCCAAAUCAACCACUUGGUGUAUUGUUGAGGAAGAAGUGAAAAGACGGCUUGGAUGUGUUGGUAAUACAAAAGAGGAUUAUAUUAAUAUUUUUUAUAAAAAUGUGAGGUUUUUUUAAUUUUUUUCUUUGAAUUCGGGGCGCUUUGUGAUAUUGGGGCAGAUAGAUAAUAGAAACUCGAUCAGUCGAUCAGCUCAAUCCCUUCCUCAAAAUUUUCCCUUUUUCCCGUUCCAAGGGGGAGGGGGCUUUAGCACCAGAUGUUCCCUGGCUACGUCCUUGAUCAGUCCUGUUGUCGAUGGUUUGAAUCCUAUUUUUACG